CCGGGCUAAGAAGUAAGAACCAGUUUUCAUUUUAACAUUUGCUUAUUUGAUAGUGCAGUCACUCCCUGCUCACCUCCUCAUCGGACACACCUCACAUAGACAACGCAGCAGCUCAUCUCUCUUUAGCAUUUCCCGUUCCUUCUCAUCGGCACUGAAAAGUACAAGUCCCUUGGGAAAUCCACGCUACCGUGGGUGGAACAGAAAACGAAGAUUUUUGGACUUGUGAAUCUCGGGAAAGAUUGAAUGAACAGGAAAACUUGGCAUUCGAGCAUUUUAAACUGUGAAGAGAUAAAGAAAAGUUAAUUUUGUGUAUUUUUUGCCAUUAUGAUACGGCAUAGCCCUGUUUCCCUGUCUUCCCAGAUCUAUCUUUCUUUCCCAUAAGCCCUUCAAUGGUUUCCUCAAUUUGUUGGCUUGAUUUCAUCUCUCUCUCUCUCUCUCUCUCUCGAGCAUUCAUUUUCUUGCCUACUUUGCUUUUACGGUGCAUUUAAGGUGUAAAAUAUCUUUCGCAAUGGUAUGUACAUAUUUCCCCCAUCUGGUGGUCGGUGAAGUUUUGUCGCUUCUUUGUGCUAAGAAAUGCUCAAUUGAGGUUGGGGGAUUUUAGGACUUCAUCUCCCCCACCAUUUUAGUGGUUGUGAUAAGAGAGAUGGGCAGUACUGGGGAUUACGGCCCUAAACCCAUUGAUGCGUGGGCAGGUGGUUUGGUCUGGGUCCGCCGGAGAAACGGUUCCUGGUGGCCAGGUCGGAUUGUGAGGAUAGAAGAGUUAUCGGAGAACAAUAUGAUCUCUCCAAGAUCUGGGACUCCUGUUAAGCUCCUUGGCAGAGAGGAUUCAAGUGUGGACUGGUAUAAUCUUGAGAAGUCAAAGCGGGUCAAAUCUUUCCGUUGUGGGGAGUAUGAUCAGUGCAUUGAGAAAGCUAAGGCUGCAGCAACCAAUUCUUCUAAGAAGAUUGUGAAAUAUGCCCGCAGAGAAGAUGCCAUUCUUCAGGCCCUUGAGAUUGAAAAAGCUUAUCUUGGAAAACAUAAUCCCAACUUGCUCUCAAGAUUAGAUGAUGAUCAUGAGCAGGAUAAAGCGGAUCAUAAUAUGGAAAAGGUAGAAGAAGAUUGUAAUAGUAGUUCUCAGAACAAUAAUUCCAGCUCAGCACCAGCUUUAUCUCAAUCUGGUGUGUCCUUUGAAAAGGAACCCAUGGAGGAUAGGGGACGGAUCCCAAUGCUUUCUCCAAGUUCCAAACAAACUCGUAAUGACUCAGAGGAUGAAGGACGUGGUAUACGUAUGCGGGGUCUUGAUGACUUGGUGGGGACAAAAUCACAAAAAAGGAAGAGGUGUCAGGUGGGCCACGUUCAUGAGUUUCUGAAAAAGAAAAGCCGCCGACGUGCCAUGGUGAAGGUUCUGGAGAGUACGGUUCUGGUGCCCGUUCCUGUAGUGUGUGAUGAAGGAAUUCUCAGUCCAAGUGUUUCAUCCGCACAUGACAUGUGUGAAAAUGGGAUACUCAUUGAAAAUGAGAGCAUUCCAGAGCUGCGAGAGGAUGGUUGUUUAGAUUCGUUAUUUGAUGUUCCAUUGGUGACAGAAGAAAAGCAUUCCGGAGCAGGUUUGUCCCCCCUUGUGUCAAGAGCAUCCCAAAAAGCUCAGUCUGAAGCCAGAGCACAAUCUAGCCAAAGUAGCCAAGUUGAGACUCCAUCAUUAAGGAAUGAUGAGCUUAAUGAGUCAGCUGGUACGAGUUCAGCUCACCGUGAUAUUAGUCAGUGGAUGGAAAAGGGGACUACCUCAGAGUGGCAGUCAAAAGGAAAGAGGAACUCAAGGCGGCACAUAAAUAAAAACAAGACACGAGGUCUGAGAAAAAUCACUGACAUUGAUGGUGAAUUCGAUGCAAAGUUGGCAGAAUGCCCUAAGUAUCACAAGUCAAUACCGGUCAUGGAGUUUGAGAAGCACAAAGGACCUGCAAUGGAGUCACCCAUGCCACAGAGGUUACUGCCACACCGUCAGUCCCGUUUUGUGGUCAACCCAAAGUAUGAUUCCUCGGCUUUCUGUCUCAGGCAUCAUAUAUCCGAUUCUUCAUUGUAUGAUGUCAAUGUGGAGGUGAAGUCCAGCUAUCGCCCACAGCAUGUUCCUUACGUUUCAUUAAUGACCAAACAUAACGGGCGGCCCAUCGUGGGCCACCCGAUCACUGUUGAAGUAUUAGAAGAAACUGGGCCAGGAUUGGAAUGUUUUAGGACUCCUACUAAGAACUGUGUAUUAGCAACUAAGUCACUGAAAUCAAAGAAGAUUAGGACAUUGUCUUCAUUAACAGGUUCUCAGAAGCAAAUUCAAGGUAAGAAAGUGUUAGUAGUAAAGCCUAAAGGCCCUGCUGUAGCAUGUGUGCCUUUGAAAGUAGUGUUCAGCAGAAUAAGUGAAGCAUUGAUGAAUAGUCCAAUCAGGGCUGCCCACCUGGUGAUAGGGCCCACUAUUGUGUGAUUAUACUUCAUUCUUUGCCUGCUUUAGCUCUGCACAUAUAAACCCUGUACAAUUAGUUGAGGUGUAAAGAAUGGUAAUCCAAUUUUUAGGCUUUGGUGAUUAGUUGAGUCAUAUCCAGUAUUUAGUUUAUGCUGCUACAACUGCUACUUGUACACAUUGAACUGACACUGUAAUUGUUUUUAUUUCUUUGUAAUUAAUAUUUAAUAUUGUGUUACUUUUGGUUUCAAAAAUGAA